ACCACCCUCAGUGUCCCCUCUGCUAACUUGUGUAGAUGACGCCUGCUGUCCAGACCGGAGCAGGAGGCUCUGGGGAAGGGUCCGGCGCUCGGCGCACGCUCCGUGCGGUGGCCCCGCUCCCCCUGCUCGGCGCCCCUCCCGCUCACUUCUCUCCCCUCCUUUCCCCCUGCCCGUCUCUCCCCGGCCUCUCCUCCGCCUCCCCGCUCGCUGGACUCGCUCCGGAGCGGUCCUUCCCCUUCCCUCGCGCCUCUCCGCGCCCCGUGUCCCUGCCGCCGCCGCCGCCGCCGCCUCCUCGGGCCCCGGAGGAGCGACCCGAGCCCCCGCCGCCCCCGCCAGGCCCGGCGCCGCCGCAGCGCGGGCGGUCAGUGCGCAGCCCCGGCGCCCGGCCGGAGCGCGGAGCCCGCACCCGGAUCGCGGGCUCGGACCGAAGCCGAUCCGACCGCCGCCCCCAACCAGGUGCCAUGCUGCCGCUCCUGCUGGGCCUGCUGGGCCCGGCCGCCUGCUUGGCCCUGGGCCCGGCCGCGGGCUCCUCGGAGCUGCGCUCCGCCUUCUCGGCUGCCCGUACCACCCCGCUGGAGGGCACGUCGGAGAUGGCCGUGACCUUCGACAAGGUGUACGUGAACAUCGGCGGCGACUUCGACGCGGCCACGGGCCAGUUCCGCUGCCGCGUGCCGGGAGCCUACUUCUUCAGCUUCACGCUGGGCAAGCUGCCGCGCAAGACGCUGUCGGUGAAGCUGAUGAAGAACCGCGACGAGGUGCAGGCCAUGAUUUACGACGACGGCGCGUCGCGGCGCCGCGAGAUGCAGAGCCAGAGCGUGAUGCUGGCGCUACGGCGCGGCGACGCCGUCUGGCUGCUCAGCCACGACCACGACGGCUACGGCGCCUACAGCAACCACGGCAAGUACAUCACCUUCUCCGGCUUCCUGGUGUACCCCGAUCUCGCCGCCACCGGCCCGCCGGGCCUCGGGCCCUCGGAGCUCUGAGCCCCACCCCGGGAGGGGGGCAGUGCGAGCCCUAGCGUGGCCGCCCCGCCCAGCGCGUUGCGACUCCGCCAAUAAAGUGCACCUGCGCCUGCGGCUCCGGA